UAAGACAACAAUUUUAGCUUAGUGCAUCUCUAAAAUGGACCACAUGCAAGCAAUCCCAUUCCAUAAUAUAGCAAAUCUUAUUUUCUACCCCAUCUUUUAAACAAAAAAUAUACAUCACUUCAACUCAAUAAUCCUCCAUUUUCAAAGCAUUGUGUUUGAGAUUUACAGUUAAAGAGAAUGGAAAUGAGAUCAUUUUCUCCAAAAACUCAUCAUCUUCAUCACCUAUCUUCCUUUUCUUCCUCUUCAGCCACCAUGAAAAGAAGCUCGAAAAGCGGCAGCCAUGGUGAAACUGAAUCUACUCACCACUACCAGGAGGAAGAUGAUGAUACUUCUCUUUCUCUCUCUAGCUUGUCUAAAAUUAUUCUUCCUCCUUUGGGUGUUUCAACCUAUAACCAUAACCCUGUUCACUCUAAAGGUUGGAUUAUUUCUCCCAUGGAUUCGAGAUACAGGUGUUGGGAGUCAUUUAUGGUGCUGCUGGUUGCAUAUACAGCAUGGGUUUACCCUUUUGAAGUUGCAUUUCUGAACUCAUCUCCAAUUACACGACUUUACAUUGCAGACAAUAUUGUUGAUCUUUUUUUCGCCAUUGAUAUUGUCUUAACCUUUUUUGUUGCUUACAUUGAUUCAAGAACCCAACUUUUGAUUCGUCACAGAAAAAAAAUUGCUACCAGGUACAUAUCAACAUGGUUCUUAAUGGAUGUGGCUUCCACAGUCCCAUAUGAGGCAUUAGCAUAUUGGUUCACCGGAAAACAAAAGUUAGCUCUCUCUUAUUCUCUACUCGGCAUGCUCAGAUUCUGGCGUCUCCGACGAGUUAAGCAGCUCUUCACUAGAGUAGAAAAGGACAUUAGAUUUAGCUACUUCUGGAUCCGAUGUCUAAGGCUGCUAUGUGUGACACUAUUUCUAGUGCAUUGUGCUGGUUGUCUCUACUAUUUGCUAGCAGAUAGAUACCCCCACCAAGGGAGGACAUGGAUUGGUUCUGCUAUUCCUAAUUUUAGAGAAACUAGCCUCUGGAUUAGAUAUAUUUCAGCCAUGUAUUGGUCUAUCACUACCAUGACUACUGUUGGUUAUGGUGAUCUCCAUGCUGUUAAUACUAUGGAAAUGAUCUUCAUCAUUUUUUAUAUGCUCUUCAACCUCGGUCUGACAGCUUAUUUGAUCGGUAAUAUGACCAAUCUCGUCGUGGAGGGAACACGUCGGACCAUGGAAUUUAGGAAUAGUAUUGAAGCAGCAUCAAAUUUUGUAUGCAGAAACAGAUUACCUCCAAGAUUAAAGGAUCAGAUUUUAGCUUAUAUGUGUUUAAGGUUCAAAGCUGAGAGCUUGAAUCAGAAUCAUUUGAUUGAGCAAUUACCAAAAUCUAUAUGCAAAAGUAUCUGUCAGCAUUUGUUCUUACCAACAGUAGAAAAAGUCUAUCUUUUCAAUAAUGUCUCCAGAGAGAUACUCUUACUCCUCGUGUCAGAGAUGAAAGCUGAGUAUAUUCCACCUAGAGAAGAUGUAAUAUUGCAAAAUGAAUCGCCAGACGAUGUUUAUAUAAUUGUAUCAGGAGAAGUAGAGAUCAUAGAUUCUGAUCUCGAAAAAGAACGAGUCGUGGGAAAUCUGAUGUCUUCAGACAUGUUUGGAGAAGUUGGUGCUCUUUGUUGUAAGCCUCAAAGCUUCACAUUUCGAACAAAGACGCUUUCGCAACUCCUUAGGCUCAAAACUCGAUAUCUAAUCGGAGCUAUGCAAACCCGACAGCAAGAUUAUGUGGCUAUAAUCAAGAACUUCCUUCAGCAUCAUAAAAAGCUAAAGGAUUUGAAGAUCGGAGAAUUUAUGGCUGAGAAUGGAGAUGAAGAUGGUGAUCUAAACAUGGAUUUUAACUUGCUAACUGUUGCUAGUACAGGCAAUGCUGCUUUUCUUGAAGAACUUCUCAAGGCGAAAUUAGACCCUGAUAUUGGAGACUCCGAAGGCAGAACUCCAUUGCACAUUGCAGCAUCAAAGGGGCAUGAGGAUUGUGUACUAUCACUCUUGAAACAUGGAUGCAACAUACACUUAAGAGAUCUUAACGGUAAUACAGCUUUAUGGGAAGCUCUAUCAUCAAACCAACAAUCAGUAUUCCGAAUUCUCUACCAUUUCGCAAGCAUUUCCGACCCACACGCUGCUGGCGAUCUUCUCUGCACAGCAGCAAAACGAAACGACCUAACAAUGAUGAAACAACUCCUGAAACACGGACUAAACGUCGAUUCCAAGGAUCGACAAGGAAAAACCGCGAUACAAAUAGCUAUGGCAGAGAAUUACAUAGAAAUGGUAGAGCUACUAGUAAUGAACGGGGCGGACGUCAUUUCGACGAAUACGCACGAGUUUUGUUCAUCAAGAUUGAAUGAAAUGCUGCAAAAGAGAGAGAUUGGACAUAGAAUUACGGUUUCUGAAACCGUAACGAGUGAUCAAGUGAUUCUGAUGAAGAGAUGUGAGGAGGAUCAAGAAAGAAAAUUUGAUGAAGGGAAAUGUAAAAGAGUGAGUAUUUAUAAAGGUCAUCCUUUGGUUAGGGAAAAGAUUUGUUGCAAGCAACCUGGAAGAUUGAUCAGAUUGCCUGAUUCAUUGGAAGAGCUCAAGAGAAUUGCAGGUGAGAAGUUUGGAUUUGAUGCACAAAAUGCGAUGGUUACAAAUGAAGAAGGUUCAGAAAUUGACUCAAUUGAAGUGAUUAGAGAUAAUGAUAAGCUUUUCAUUGGUGAAGAAGAUCCAAAUUCUUCUUUAUAACCAAAGAUUAUAGAAUUAAUCGACUUAAAUGUAUUUGGAAAUGCGUAAGCAUACCCAAACUUUAAUUAAAAAAAAAAAUGUUUUCAGCUUCUAAAAAAAAGUUUUUUGAUAGUGUUUGUGUAUGCACAUUAGUCCUACAUAUUCAUUCAAUGGAAGCAUAUUUUACCCA